AUGCUGUCUGCGGGACGGGGACUGCAGCUGGGGCAAACCCAUGGGGGAACCCACACAAUCCUCUGGACCAACACCUUUAUCUCUGGGAAGGAGGGCUGGCUCCUCUUCAUCUCCCUCUUUAUUGUCAUCUCCUUACCCCAUGGGACAGCCUGGCCCUACGAUUACAGAUACUUGUACAACCACUGUCCAGGUCCAGAGUGGAACGUGAUGUGCCGAGGCUGCUGCGAGUAUGACGUGAUCCGCUGCAAGUGCCCCAUCCAGGGGACUAAGGUGGGCUACGCAGUGCCCUGCUGCCGCAACGCCAUCAACGAGUGCGACCCCUGCAUUAUCCAUCCAGGUUGCAGUAUAUUCGAGAACUGUAAGCGAUGCAACAACGGCACAUGGGGCCCCAGGGAUGACUUCUUCAUUAGUGGCCAAUACUGCGCGGAGUGUCGGCCUGGCUGGUCUGGCGGAGACUGCAUGAAGUGCGGGGGAGUGAUCCGUAAACGGCAGGGCCACAUGGUGCUGGAGAGCUACCCCAACAACGCCAGGUGUGAGUGGACCAUACAGGUGGACAGGCCGUUUACCAUAGAGCUCAGGUUUAUGAUGCUGAGUCUGGAGUUUCACCAAUCCUGUCAUUACGACUACGUGGAGGUCCGCGACGGGGACAGCAUCAGGUCCCGUGUCAUCGGUAGAUUCUGCGGGAACAGCAGACCUGCCCCGGUUCAAAGCUCUGGCAACAGUUUGCACAUUCUCUUUGUGUCUGACGGUUACAAGAAUUUUGAUGGAUUCUUCGCCACUUUUCAGGAGAACUCAGCUUGCAGCUCCUCUCCUUGUCUGCAUGAUGGGACUUGCAUCCUGGACAGCUCUUAUACUUACCACUGCGCCUGUCUGGCUGGCUACACGGGCAAGCGGUGUGAAAAUGUGGUGGGAUGCCGCAGGCCUCCGGUGCCCACCCAUGGAUCUACAGAGGGUCUGUUUCACCAUUCUGGUGCGCGCAUCACUUUCCGUUGCGACCCCGGUUUCGAGCUGCGGGGGUUUCGUACUGCCAUCUGCCUGAGAGAUGGCACCUGGAGUGCGCCUGCCCCGGAGUGUGUGCCAGUGGAAAGAGUCUGUGCUCUGCCACCGAAGCCAACACAUGGGGACCACUUCUUGGUUUAUGGACCCAAUGAUGUCCUCAUUGCUCUGCAGUACCUGUGCCACCAGCCCUAUGAACUCAGUGGAGGCUCCCAGAGAACCUGCCUUCCUAACAACACCUGGAGCGGGACUCCUCCUGUUUGCACUAAAGUGAAUAACACUCUCACUGAAGUGGAGAAAGACAAAGACAAAGCUAAAGAGACGGAAAGAGGCAAGGAAAUAGAUAUAUACAGUGAAAAGGAUGUCGGCAAAACCAAAGAGAAAGACCAAGAGAACACAACUGGACUAAAAGAAAGUGUUGCAGGGAAAGAUAUAAACACUGGGCAGGAGAAUACAACAGCAGUCGACACUGAAGAUAAAUAUACUGGGACGAUUCCAGAGAAAACUCUGCCUGAGGGUGGGAAUGAAGGAGAGCCAGAGGAAAGAGAUACUGGGUCAGAGAAACCUACUGAAGGCACGGAAGAUAAAGUGGAUAGUGAAGACCCAGAUAACAGCCUGCACACAGAUGAAAAGAAAGAACCAGAGGUACCAAAGCCACCUGAGAAAAAAGAAGACAGUUUAGACACAAACCUGGAGACGGGGAAGACUGACAUCACAGAAAUAGUUGUGAUAAAAGAUAAAGGACAAGAAGAGAAGGAAAGAAAAGAGGAGCAGGUGAACGGAAAAAGAGAUCCAGACAAAGUGGGUCCUAAUGACACCAAGCUGAGGACGGUCAUAUCUGAGGGAGAAAACACAGUGGAGAUAUUUGAGCUGGGAAUGACGAAGACCAACAGCACAGUGACGUACGAUAUCGUGGACACACCAAAAGAAAACAACACCAUAGAAUCGCCAACGCCAGGGAGGAAAAUCAUCCCCACCCGAGUCAACGUUACGCAGUACACCAUGUACAGAGCGGUCGAGGAUAACGGGAAACCAAAGGAAAAAACAACUAAAAAGGACCAGACGGAGAAGGAGUCGGUGGAGAAAACAAAGGAGGAGUUGGAAAAGGAGAGGGAGGAGAAAGAAAAAGAAAAGGAGAGAGAAAAGGAGAGAGAGGUCAACCAAAGCUUUACUGAGAAAAGCUGCCCACCUCUGCCUCGCCUCUAUCACGGCUACCAGCAGGUGGUGCCAGGGCUGGAGCCGGAGACGGUGGAGUUCAAGUGCAACCACUCGUACGCUCUCAGCGGUGACAGCCGACGUACCUGCCAGCCGGACGGCACGUGGAGCGGCAAACAACCUGUCUGUGUCAGAGCGUGUCGAGAGCCCAAAGUGUCAGAGCUGGUCAGACAAAGAGUUUUGCCUCCUCAAGCACCACUCAGAAAGACACCUGUGUACAAGCUCUACUCCUCCUCGCUGGGCCGACAGCUCCAGUCCGACGGCCCCACCAAAAGCCCCCCGCAGCUUUCCCAGUUGCCCCAGGGCUUCCACCACCUAUACACACACAUAGAGUACGAGUGUGCGUCUGCGUACUACCACCACUCCGGCAGUCCUCGUCGCACUUGCUUGAAGACGGGGAAGUGGAGCGGGCGCCAUGUGUCCUGUUCGCCAGUGUGUGGGAAGCAUCCGACCUUUGACCCAGAGAGGCCGGAAGAGGCUCACUGGCCCUGGAUGGCAGCCAUCUACCGCCGCACCACCAAGAGCACGGCGACCAAGGUGACCAAGGCAGACAGCCAGGCAGAGUCCCUGAAGAAGGACGGUGGAGCAGCAGGAACUGGCAGCCACAAUCAAGCUUCCGACUGGCAACUGGUCUGCAGCGGGGCUCUGGUGAACCAAAGGAGCCUGGUGGUGGCGGCUCACUGUGUGACAGAGCUGGGCAAGUUGUAUCCCGUGGAUACGGCCACGAUAAAGGUGGUGGUGGGGAAGCACUAUCGCGAUGACCACAGAGAGAGUAAAGGUCCUCAACACCUGAGGGUGGCUUCCAUUGCCGUUCAUCCAAACUACGACCCCAAUAUCCUUGACUCCGACAUAGCUGUGAUCAAACUACUAGACAAAGCAAGGAUUGGAGAAAAAGUCCUGCCAAUCUGCCUGUCAGAAUACCAGGAAGACAUAGUUGCCUCCGGUCAAGGGCUCGUGACGGGCUGGUCUCCGCUGCCCGAUUCAAAUUUAGGCCUCGAUGAGAGAGCAAGGGUUGGGCUGGUUCACCUUGCCGACGUCGUCCCGUGUGAGCAGCAGUACGCUCGUAACGGCGUGCCGGUCAGCGUCACAGACAAUAUGCUUUGUGCCAGCCAAAAGCCCGACUAUAGCCCAUCUAACAUAUGUCCCUCUGACACUGGGGGAAUACUCGUCCUCCCUGCCCUCUCCGAGAAUCACUCCAGCAAUAACCAGAAGCCCUCUCUGAGUGUUACACAGGUUCAAGGGGAGAGCAAAGGGCUGUGGAGACUCCUGGGACUGGUGAGCUUUGGUUAUGACCAAGGCGAGUGCAAUCCUGACCUCUACACAGUCUACACACAUGUAGCCAACUUCAAAGACUGGAUCGAGAGUGUUAUGAAAUGAGAAUCUCACCGUCCCUGUUAUCUUUGUCUGUUUUUCAGUGUAUUCAUUCUGUCUAAUCUUUUUUUUUUUUUUGUACUUUUAAUCUUAUGCACAAGGGCAUUUUCUUGCUAAAUGCAAAAGCAACACUGGACAACACAGUGCUCUAACUGAGGGGGGUGCUAACACAUCAGAUGUGCCGAGCGUCGACCUUUCAACUGAGGACUUCGGUGUUCAGGUCCCACAACCUGAGGCUACAAACUUGAAAAUGACCAGAAAUCCAUUAUCGGCGCCUGGCGAAUGAUGGUUCGGAUCGUACUCAUCGUUAUGUACAUAUGUUGUAUUGUUUGGAAUUACUAUUCGAAUUCAUACGACCCAAGAGAUGUAUAUAUAUUGUGUUGAAAGGCAGAAAAAAAUCAUGACGUUUUUAAUUAAAGAAAAUGCUGGUGUGGUAAA